AUGAAUGAAGGCGAACGCAAUACUUUUCUAUGGUCGAUAAGGAAUCCAGAGAAGGAUUCAAGAGGGUUUCUCUUCGGAACGAUUCAUGUGCCCUAUACCGAAGUUUGGGAUCAUGGGAACUGGGACCGUAAGCGCCCUGAAUGGCUAUUGUUCAUCCUCUACCAGCUGUGCGAAAAUCUGCUGGAUCGUCCCACUUCGCCCAUGCUGGAUGUGUUCCUGGCCAACAAAGCAUACGAGGAAGAAAAACAGAUACGGGCUAUUGAAACAACUCAUGAACAAUGCAAUCCAAUUGUGUCGCUUACACAAGAUGAGAUAAUAUUCGCAAUCAACUACACAAUAUCUUACCUGGAACAUCUUCAUGUUACACAACGAUUGUUCCACAUAAACACGGAAAGAUCGGUCUCAGCUCUUGUUAGAGAAUACAGAUGUGGAAAUCUUGAUGACAGAUACUUUGAAAUAAACGACAUAUCAACGACAAACUUGCAAAUAGGAGAGAAGGAGAAGAAACUUGCAGCAAAGAUUGACAGACAGCUACGAGAUGACAUAAUUGUGAAACGAAAUGAGAGAAUGGCAAACCGAUUGAAUCAGUUGCUCACUGACAAUCCUCAUUUGACAGUGUUUUCCGCAAUCGGUACGGGACAUUUCUUCGGUAAUGACAGUGUACUGCACCACCUAAAGAGAAUGGGUUACAUCGUCCGCAGUAUCGGAGAAAACGACGUAAUGUAG